AUGCAGGUCGCAGAGGAGCUGACAUCGCUGUGGAAAAUUGCAUACCCCACAGCAAUAACAGGCUUUCUUUUACAUUCCAAGUCCAUCAUUGCUAUGCUCUUCUUGGGACGUCUUGGGGACAUUCAGUUGGCUGGGGGCUCACUUGCGAUUGGGUUUGCAAACAUAACAGGUUAUUCUGUCAUUAAGGGGCUAGCCAUGGCAAUGGAAUCCAUAUGCUCACAGGCUUAUGGAGCCAAAAGGUUUCCAGUCCUCAGCCAAACAUUAGUAAAAACUAUAUUCAUCAUAGUACUCACCAUGAUACCAAUCUCCCUAUGGUGGUCAAACAUUGAUCCCAUCCUUCAAUGGUUAGGUCAAGAUCAAGACAUUUCAUCAGUGGCUCGGUCAUAUAUUGCAUUCUCUAUACCAGAGUUAAUAGCCCAGUCUUUCCUCCAUCCCUUAAGGGUCUUCUUAAGGGCCCAAAAUAUAACCAAACCCCUCACUAUAUCAGCAACUUUUUCAAUGAUCCUCCACAUCCCAAUUAACUACAUACUUGUAGAAUAUACAGAUUUAGGGGUAAAGGGAGUCGCUCUGGCUUCUGCCUGUAAUACAGUAAACUUAAUCUUGGGUCUGUUAGUAUACCUCUUUCUAUCUACAGAAGCAGUAAAACCAUGGCAUGGGCAAUCAGUUAGCACAUUCUUCCAAGGCUGGAAGAGGUUGCUGGCAUUAAUGGUGCCAAGUCUAUUCUCUGUGUGUUUGGAGUGGUGGUGGUAUGAAAUAAUGGUAUUAUUAUGUGGACUGCUUAUUGAUCCACAGGCAAGUGUGUCCGCAAUGGGAAUUCUUAUACAAACAACAGGAUUGAUAUAUGUCCUUCCUUCCUCGUUAAACAUGGGUUUAUCAACACUUGUUGGUCAAGCGUUGGGCGCUGAGCAGCCAGCAGUGGCUCAAAGGACAACCAUAAUUGGCAUCAUUGUGGCAACUGCGUGUGGACUACUGGCCCUUACUUCGGCAGUUGCAGUAAGAGAUGUGUGGGGGAAGCUGUAUACAAGUGAGCCACAGGUUCUCGCCUUGACAUCGUCUGUCCUACCUAUAUUGGGCCUUUGUGAGCUAGGCAACUGUCCCCAAACAGCUGCAUGCGGAAUUCUGGUGGGCUCUGCCCGGCCUAGGCUUGGUGUUUAUAUAAAUUUUGUUGCUUUCUAUCUAAUUGGUUUGCCAGUUGCAACUCUCUUGGCUUUCAGACUGAACAAGGGCUUUUUGGGGCUGUGGUAUGGGCUAGCUGCAGCACAAGCUUCGUGUGUGUGCAUGAUGAUAUGUUCUCUGGUUUGCACCAAUUGGAAACACCAGGUUGAGAGGGCAAAGAAACUGACUCAGAUCCCACAAAAUCAAGUCAGUCUUCUUGCUUAA